UCAGCCACACAUCUCUGACUCAUCUCUCUAGUUACGUCAUGGGCUCUGAGGGAGAUGAGCCUUCAUCCAAGCGGAGAAGACACCAAGGUGUUGUGAAUAAGGAAAAUGUUCUUCGUUAAGCCAUGUUUGUGACUUCUGAUCUUUCACUAAUUCUUUUCAAUCAAGAGAACAGCAUUGCCCACUUGCCUAUCACUUUAAAAGUGGUGUUUGAAGGAUUUAUGUGAGUCAGAACUGUGACAUUUUAAUUAGGCCCCCUCAGACCCACUCAGGCCUGUGCUUACUGUCUUUGAUUCAUCUGUCUUCUCUGCUGCUGAUCACCUUGGUCCUCCUGACAUGGAAGCAUUUGAAUGCCUUUCUGGAAGUUCAUUAAAAGCGAAUGUGAUCAGGACAAAAUGUGUGUUUACCUAACCAUCCAAGCUGCCAUACCAACAUGCCCAAGAUCGGUGUUCUGUGACAUGAAAAGUAAUGCCACAGGGUUCUACAAGCUACAAAAGUUUGAAAGCCAUUGUAUUGAUCAGAUAAUCCAGUGAUCCUACUUAUUUAAAAAGUGCAAUUGUGGAUGAUAACACGGAAUUGGGAAUAUGUAUGUAACUACAAUAAAGAAAACGUGAAGAUCCCAGGAGGCAAAGAGGUUGACUCCCAGUGCGAAGACAGUGAGAACCAGUUUGACUUUUCAGUGAUGUCCUAUAAUAUACUUUCACAAGAUUUACUGGAAGAGAAUUCACACCUUUAUAGACACUGCCGGCGGCCAGUAUUACAUUGGAGCUUCAGGUUUCCCAAUAUUCUGAAAGAAAUUAAACACUUUGAUGCAGAUGUGCUUUGUUUGCAAGAAGUUCAAGAAGAUCAUUAUGGAACAGAGAUCAGGCCAAGUUUGGAAUCACUGGGUUAUCACUGUGAAUAUAAGAUGAGGACAGGAAAAAAACCUGAUGGUUGUGCCAUUUGCUUCAAACAUUCCAAAUUUUCGCUCUUAUCUGUGAACCCAGUGGAAUUCUACCGCCCUGGUAUUCCUCUGCUGGACAGACACAAUGUCGGAUUAGUUUUACUCUUGCAGCCCAAAAUUCCAUGUGGUGCCUCCCCUGCCAUCUGUAUAGCUAACACACAUCUGUUGUACAAUCCAAGGCGAGGAGACAUUAAGCUGACCCAGUUGGCCAUGCUGCUUGCCGAGAUCUUCAGCGUGGCCCAUCAGAAAGAUGGCAGCUGCUAUCCCAUUGUUAUGUGUGGCGACUUUAACUCUGUUCCUGGUUCCCCACUCUAUAGUUUCAUAAGGGAAGGAAAGUUGGAUUAUGAAGGACUUGCCACCGGCAAGGUAUCUGGCCAGGAACAGUCUUCACGGGGACAAAGAAUUUUAUCUAUCCCAAUUUGGCCCCCAAACCUAGGUAUCUCACAGAACUGUGUGUAUGAGGUGCAGCAGGUACCAAAAGUAGAAAAGACAGACAGUGACCUGACCAAGACACAGCAAGAACAAACAGAAGCUCUGCUGACAACUGAAAAGUUAUCUUCAAGCUUACAACACCAUUUCAGCUUGUCAUCUGUUUACUCACACUACUUUCCUGACACUGGAAUUCCAGAAGUGACCACCUGUCAUUCCCGAAGUGCCAGAACUGUGGAUUAUAUUUUCUAUUCCUCAGAAAAGGAAGCUGUCACUGAACACCAAGGCACUGAAGUGACUCUGGUUGGUGGCUUGAAACUUCUUGCCAGACUGUCACUUCUUACAGAACGAGACUUGUGGACUGUGAACGGACUUCCCAAUGAGAACAACUCUUCCGAUCACCUGCCUCUGGUGGCCAAGUUCAGGCUUCAGCUCGGACUCUCUGACCACACGCUUCCAGUUCCUAGUCUUUGUCCAAAAAUGUAAAGUUUUUCUUCAGUGAUUGCAUGUUCAUUUUUGUGCUGUGGUGUUUUUAAAGAAGUUAUACUAAAUGCUUUGAAACACAUAGGGAGAAAUGAGUUUACAAAAAACAAUUUUUUAAUGAAAAAUAUUUUCCUGAAAGUUGAGAUAUGUUCUUUAUUGUAAAAAAAAAAAAAAGAUGUGAAUAUUUUUUAUUUCAUAUCCAGUAAAGUUGACAGUGAUUUUUAAAUGCAGUGCAUCUUCUUUAGCCCUCUUGGUAAAGAACUUUCAUGUGUUUGGCUACCCGUGUAGCUAAUGUCUGAGUUCUUGCAAAGGCCUGCUUUUGUUGGGAGGGCCCUGUGCCUAUUGAGUUGUGAUAGUCCAUCUGAGAACUCACUGAAAGGACUAAUUGAUGGUGCUUUUUAAGUUGUACACAAUGUGUGAUUUCCUUCCACCAGGAGCCGUGUGACAUGUGUAUAUUUUGUUGCGGUAUAUUUGGGAGUUAGCACUCAACACAUCUGAUAAGAGGGUACUUAUGUAAGCCCACCCUUCUCUAUAACAAACAGGUGGGCCAAAGAAAGACAGAGAUUUUAGGGGUUAAGCAUAUUUCACUAGAUUUUUCUUUAGUGGUUUUUUUUUUUCCCCCUUUUGUAUUCUGCUUCAAGAAGAGACCCCUGGGUUGUAGGAGAUUUUACUAAACCCAUUAUUUUGUUAAGAAAUUUGUCUUUGGGACAUAGUAGCAGCUCUAAGGCUAUUUUUAUUAGCCACCAGAAAAGUGAGAAAGCCUGUAAAACUAGUAGGAGAUAGCAACUUGGAGAGUGUUGUUUUUGAAAUAGUCAUUUUAACUGUUGGCCUUAGUAGUUUUCUUUCAAAAGUGGAUAGUCUUAUUUCACUGUGAUGCCCGAGGCAUGAGGUGUGUUCUUAACUCUUGGUCAAGUAGUUAUGAGCAGGUCGAAUAAAUCCUAGAGUUGGUUCCA